UCAGCAUUUUCAUAAUUGAUAAAUUCAUUGAUUAGUAGUAAAAUUAACCAAUCAAGUUAAAACCCAUCAUAUUAAUUCGUUAUAAAGAUUUCUCUUCAAAUUUUUACUUCUUAAAAUUACUAAUUUGUUUCCAAAACAAUGAUUUUAACAAGAAUUUAUCCAAAAUAUGGUUCAUUCAUGUCACUUUUAUUGCCUAUUGAAUGGUUUGCCUGGUUUACUUAUUUCGUGAUCCUUCCAAUGUAUUCUUUAUUCAGCUGGCUGGUCUAUUUCCUCAUUUUGCUAACUUUUUUGGCCUCUAUCGCUUCUCUAAAUUGUUCCAUUUCCACUAAUUCACAUUCUUCAAGCUCUACCAUUCGUCGUUGCUGUUUUAUUGUUAUCCUACCCUAAAUUUCACUGGAGACAUGACAAAUAUGAACCAUUUUAUAAUAAUUUCUUUUUAAAAUAGACUUUCUUAGUGCUCGAGUCGAUUCGAGUCAAGGGUAACUCGUACUCAACUCGGAAAAAUUGAGUCGAGUUGAAAUUUAAAAUUUUUCAACCCGACUCGACUCGUCCGAGUUUAAUCCUGAUACUGAAUGUAAUAAUGUAAAAAAAAUUAUGUUUAACUAUUAACAUAUAAUUUAACAUAUUUAAUAUUUAUGAUUAAUUUAAUGAUGCAGUGACCCCACUUUUUUUAAUGAUAUAUAUGUUUUUGGUGAAUUUUUUGGUACAUUGUUAUUGAUUAUAU